AUGAAAAUCAAGCAUGCUAUCUUCUUGUGCUUAUGUGCAAUGCUUCUAAUCUCUAUUGUGUCAAUUGAGCCUUAUGAAGAUGAGAAUCAAUUUGGCGAAAUAGAGAAAUCAAUGAGAAACAUGGGACAAGGGAAUGGUGGAUACAUAAACAAAGGUGUUUACAUUGAUGGAGUUGUAAUACCAUUAACCAAUGGUGAAGGACGUGGUGGAGAUGAGCCACUCUUUCCCGAUUGCGAGAAAGACGCCGGCAGUGAAGGUGGAAAUUGUGGCGGACACGAGGCCGAUGGUGGAAAAGAGGGCAAUAUUGAAAAUGCCAUUCCUAUUUCUAAAGAUUUAAAAAGUAAAAAUCAUUGGGAACGCAAGUCACCAGUGGAAAACUAG